AUGCCUCAGUUGAACGGACAACAAGUUGGAACCAUCGGCUUCGGCCUGAUGGGUCUGACGGCCAAAGAGAUCCCCGAAGAUCAAGCCUUCGCCACGAUGCGUAAAGCCCUCGAAAGAGGCUGCAACGUCUGGAACGGCGGCGAGUUCUACGGGCCGCCCGAAAGGAACUCGCUCACACUCCUCAAGCGCUACUUCGCCAAGUACCCCGAGGACGCGGCCAAAGUCUCGCUCAACAUCAAGGGCUGCGUCCUGCCCGGGCACAAGGUCGCCGCGAGCCGCGAGCAGGUCUUCGCCAGCGUCAACAACUGCAUCGACAUGCUUGGCGACGCGAAGAAGAUUGACGUCUUCGAGCCCGCCCGCCGCGAUCCCAACGUGCCACUAGAGGAGACCCUGGGCGCGUUUGAAGAGUUGAUCAAGGAAGGAAAGAUUGGCGGUGUUGCGCUGAGCGAGGUCAGCGCGAAGUCGAUUCGGGAGGCGGCCGCGAUUGCGAAGAUCCAGUCGGUCGAGAUCGAGCUGUCGCUGUGGGCCACGGACCCGCUUACCAACGGCAUCUUGCACGCUUGCAAAGAGCUGGACAUCCCCGUCUUGGCAUACGGCCCCGUGGGUCAGGGCAUGCUGGCGGGCAAGUACAAGUCGUUUGAAGACAUUCCUGCCGACGACCGCAGGCGCGACUUCCCGCGCUUCCAGCGCGACAAUUUCGAGAAGAACCUUGAUCUGCUGCGUGCGCUGGAGAAGUUUGCGAAGAACAAGAACUGCACUCCGGCCCAGCUGGCCAUCGGCUGGGUGCUGGCCAUCUCGAAGAGGCCAGACAUGCCUGUCAUUAUACCUAUUCCUGGCGCCACGACGGCCGAGCGCGUCGAGGAGAACUCGACCAUCGUGGGUAUCACCGACGAGGACAUGCAAGAGAUUGAUACCAUUUUGGCGAGCUUCGAGGUGGCUGGGACGAGAUACCCGGAGCAGGUCAUGCACAUGACGAACACUUGA